UCGGCGGCGGAAAGAGGCCGGCAAUCGAGAUACGAGAUAGCGCCGAUGAAAAUUCUCUCACGCUGGAUUCCUCGUCUCUCUCCCUCACUGCACCGCUGCGCUUCUACAGCUCGACCUCGCCACAAUGCACCAGCGCUUGCACAACGACUCCCUCCAGGCUACCCUGCAGCCAGUUCACCUACCCGUCGUGUUCCCCGAUUUCCUCGUCGAUAUCGGCACAUGGCCAGCAGCAGUAAACCCCUUUCUGCCAAGGAUUUUAUUAGUUCCCUGGGCAAGCACUCUACCAUUACCCAAGGCAUGGAAAACGUGGAGGAUGUCGAUACAACCAAGGUCAUUACUCGUUGUACCUAUGUCCCUCCUGCCAAAAGUGUUGAAGAUGAGACGAAACCAAGCGGGGAUGCCAUUUUUGGUGGGCUGAGCAGUGCUGACAAAAAGAGCUCGGCAGCAGCAGAGAUACCUGAUUAUGUGCCCCCAAUGGAGAUAUUUCCAAAUAGCAGCCAUCGCGACGGUUCCAUAUAUAGCGGCACAGAUGAUUGGAAAAUUGACUAUCGUAUUGCUGACCGUAAUGAGACUUGGUUGGAUGCAAUGAUGUUUUCCGAUCCCACAGAUUGCAGAAUGUACAAUGGAACUUGUGUGUCACACUCAAGUCGUCACAUGUUGCAGUUUUUGUCAUUAAGGUUGGCUAAAAUUCCUGUGGAGCUUGGCUCAGUCGAGUUAUAUGGAUACAUUGCAGCUCGGGAUAAUCUGAAUCCAUUGCUUAAUUAUAUCGUCAAUUUUAGCAGGGAUGAUCCCAUCAUCGUGAAGCAGGGUUCUCUCAUCAACAUGGCUGGCCCUAAGCGAGGGAUCGAAUUGGUCGGUACUAUUCUAAUCGAGUAUGACAUGAAGAUCAAGGCAGGCGAACAUGAAAGCGAAGAUCUACAGGUGAUCGAUGGCGUAUCAUACUUGGAUAACAUAGACACAUGGGAUCGUAGACCGUUCACACUUCGCAUCCAUGGCGAUUGUGGCGCAAUUGAUGUAGGUGUAUCACGUCUUAACUUUGCAUAUGAGGCGACAAUAGAAGUUGUCAUAUCACAAGUGCAAAGCAGUUUCAGUAUGCGUCUUGGUUGUUUUACCAGCGGGUUACAUGAAGAAAUCCGGCUCUUUGAUGGUGCUAUUGGUGAGUCACGUGGCUUAAAGAGGUCUGUGGUUGCUGUAGCGAGUGAUGAUCAGAUGGAAUUGAAGUUCAAGGUAGCCGCAGACACGUGCAUCCCUGCUGAAUAUUGCUGUUGCUUCGAGGCGAAGCAGCAUGGGCGUGCUACUCAAGAGAUAAACACUGGUUUUGCAUUAAUUGCAGUGAAGGUGACUUGGUCUACUUUAAUAGAAGAUGAAGAAUAGCAACGAGCUUAGACUGAACAUUGUAAAAAAAAACUUGGGUCUAUGAUGAAUGAGCCAAGAGUAGGCAAAGAAGCUAAGUCAGGUAGCAACCAAACAUUGUACUAAUAAUGUUACAUCUGCCUUAGAAUUAGAUU